UCUCUGCUAAAUCAAAUCACACACACACAAGUACCAAAAUGAAGAAGGUAGCGGUGGCCUUGGUGAUGGCUUGCAUGCUAAUCGGAGCAAGCUUUGUGGAGGUUGAAGGGAACUUGACAUGUGAUCAAGUUACCAUAUGGCUGACUCCAUGCAUAAGCUAUGCCGUGCUCGGAGGAGAUGUGUCGCCGCUGUGCUGUCAAGGUGUUCACUCUCUCAAUGCCGCGUAUAAGACCGCUGACGACCGGCGAGGAGCAUGCCAGUGCAUCAAAGACAAGGCUGCUAAUAUUCCUGGGAUUAACUAUGAUCGUGUCAACCAAGUUGGCCCUAAAUGUUCUUCUAAUUGUCCAUACAAAGUCUACCCUACCACUGACUGCUCCAAGGUGAAGUAAGCAAAAAAGGGUGGAAACUGCCAUCUCUCAUCAGUAUCAGUAGGAAAGCAGAAAAGAUGGCUGACUAAAUAAUAAUACUAGAAAUACAAAAUAAAUAAGGUGUAUGGAUGGUAUUUAUCGGUCCAAUCAUCAACUUGAAUAAUUUGUAAGCUGAAUAAAAGUUUGCACUUAUGUUUAAGUAUUGAUCUGUUCUGUUGUUCUCUGUUAUAAUUUGAGUAGUCCCCUCAUAUCGUACCAAAGCUUGGUUUAAUUAAUUUCCAUGCGGAUUUAUAUUU